AUGGAGCAACCCUAUGUGUACGCUUACCCACAACCAGGCACAGGCCCUUCGGCUCCGCCUCUACAAGGCAGUGGCGUCGCCAGAGCGAUAGUGGAUCAACGGUUCUGCGCUCCGUACCCCGUGGAUAUUGUGAUAGUGCGGAAGUUGAUGAGGUUAACGGGGGGUAACUUCGUUAUAACGGACGUGAACGGAGACAUGUUGUUCACGGUGAAAGACCCGGUGUUUGGUCUUCACGACAAGAGGAUUUUAUUGGAUGGCUCUGCAUCUCCGGUCUUAAAUAUGAGAGAGAAGGUCGUCCAUAAUUAA